AUGUUUAUAGGUGGCGCUGGAGGUAAAGGCACAUGGGGUGCACCGGGGGAUGAAUUAUUUGAGGAUGGUAGUUGCAGGGAUGCAAAAGAUCCUAACUAUGACUCAGAUAGUCAGCUGAGCAGAGUUCUUAGUGAAUUUAAAUCUUUUUCUUGGUUAAAAUCAAUUACAUCCGACCACAUACCACAUCCAUUCACAAGACAGAUGAGAGAGAAAUACCAAUUGAAGCAACUUUUUUUAGGAACAACUGAUACCUUGACCAAAUAUAACAUUGUAGUUGGAGGGGACCAAUUAACUAGAGUACAUUUAGAAGGUUCUAAACAUCUACUGUUGCAGGCACUGAAUCCUGUCAACAGGUUUGAACAUCUGAAUCCUGUAAUCUGUGAAUUUUGGCAUUUAAAGCAGGAUUUUCUAGAGAAGUUGUACAAGCACCAGUUAUACAUCACAAAGACACUGAGAGAGCAAGGCACUUUAGCAUAUUUCAGAACUCUUCUCAGAAGGACAGAUGUCAAUGGAAAAAUCAAGUCUAAUUUUCAGGGACAUGCCAAUUUGAUUAAAAUUGUAGUUAAGAGGCUCAUUGUUGAGCAGUUUUUGUCAUUUUUUAAUAUGCAAAACGAAAAUGACAACAACCCUUCCCCUGCUAAUUUAAACAUUCAAGAUAAUGUUUCUUCCGCCAAUAAAAUUACUAAAGUUGGGGUUCAACGGGAAAUUAUUGGACUCUUUUUUGAAAUAUUAUGGGUAUAUUCCUAUAAGGCAGAAUGUAUAGAUUAUCUGUCUAAGCAUAUGGCAGAAUUAUAUGGCAGAAUGUAUAGAUUAUCGUCUAAGUAUAUGGCAGAAUGUAUAGAUUAUAUUCUUAAAGUUGAGUUUUUCUCAUCACCUUUAAAUAAAUUGCGAAUUUUAGAGGACAGCUUUGUCAAUGUUAAAGGCGGUACAUGUAAAAAUGUUGAGGCUGACAUGGUACAGGAACAUCAUGUUAGACACCAGAAAGAUUUAAUAAAACAGAUAGGUGCAAACAAAUCAAACGUAGCAAUAUCUCGAACUACAAGUGAUAGUAACAUACUAGCUUCUAUUAUCGAUAAUUUUGACACCUCAAAUGGUAUAAACAGGAAAACACCAUCCUAUACAAAGUUUGUUUUUACCGAGGAGGAACACAUCAUACGCCCAAAACUUAGGGAAUUUAAUUAUUUUGAGUACAGUGUAAACAGACAAAUGGAAGUAAUAGAACAAAAUCUUUGA